UGGAAAUCUUUCCCCCCACCCCCAGCUACCAGACCCAACCCUCUCCUUUGGACGUGCUCGCUCUUCGGUGCCCUUCCUGUUUAUACCCUGAUUAGAUCAGAGAGAAAACAGCUUCGCACAGAAGCGGAUUCAAACGGAGUCAGAGCCAGCGAGCGAGCGAGGGAGGGGGAAAAAAAAGGAUUGAGAAAUCUUUACCACGCGUCUGGAAAGACUGAAUUGCGUCUCGGGGGAAAAAAAACACAAAAAAAAAACGAAAGGAGGGAACAAAAAGCCUUGUAAAAUGAAUCCGCCGUGCGCUAGAUGUAAAAAAAUCGUCUAUCCGACCGAAAAAGUCAACUGCCUAGACAAGUUCUGGCAUAAAGCAUGCUUCCAAUGUGAAACCUGCAAAAUGACUUUAAACAUGAAGAAUUACAAAGGAUACGAUAAGAAGCCUUACUGCAAUGCGCACUACCCCAAGUCUUCCUUCACCGCAGUGGCCGAUACCCCUGAAAACCUGCGCCUGAAGAAACAAAGCAAGUUGCAGAGUCAAGUCCAAUACAAGGAAGAAUUUGAAAAGAACAAAGGGAAAGGUUUCAGCGCAGUGGCCAACACCCCUGAGUUGGAACGCAUCAAGAAGAACCAGGAAAUUGUCAGCAAUAUCAAAUAUCAUGAAGAGUUUGAGAGGAGCAAAGGGAGCUCUGCUGCAAGCGCUGAGCGGAGGAAUUCGAACGAUACCCAUGAGUACAGGACACAGCCUGAGAGAAAUCUAGUGUACCAGCCACAGGCCCCGGCACAUCAGGAGCCACCGACCCCUGUGUUCAACCCGCCUGUUGCAGCUCCACUUUCCCCUCCUCCUUCAACCGGGAAGCGAUACAGGGCCGUGUAUGACUACUCAGCGGCCGACGUGGAUGAGAUUUCAUUCCUAGAUGGCGACCUGAUCGUGGAUGUGCAGCAGAUCGAUGAAGGGUGGAUGUACGGCACGGUGGAGAGGACUGGCGAUACCGGCAUGCUCCCAGCUAACUACGUGGAGGCGGUGUAAGGCGCGGACUGACGCCUGCUUAUGCUUUGAUCAUCUGUAUUAUAAAAACAAAAAGAAAUCACAGUACGAACCCCAAUGGUAACUUGACCACAAAUUUAUGUUUAAAAAUAAUAGUGAUUCCAAUUGCAUAAUAUAGCUUCUUUCCAUUUGUUUAUUUUCAUGUUACUGGAAUAUAGUCAAGAUUUUCUUUGGCUUUAACUAGAUUGGAGAAGAGUCGAUUAUUCUUCCAAACCGUUUACUGCUAUUCCCAGCCCUCUCCAAAUCGUCGAGCAUCCUGACCACUGAAGAUGGCAUUCUUGGCCCUGUCACCGGAGCUAGAUAUGUCCAGUUAAGCCACAUUCGGUCGGGAAUGUGCUGGCUUCAAUGCCAGAGCACUUUCAUUUCCUUUGCAAGAUUGCUGAAAUUAAUCUUAAGUUCUGUAGAAGCAAAACGUUGGUGCCUUUGAUGAAUUGGGCACCAAAUUCUCUUUGGUUCCCUGUCACUAAAGAGAGAUCCAUUGUACGCCCAAUAUCUCCAAGGACAUUUUGAUUCCUCUCAUUCCAUGCUUGGGAUGUGUUUCCCUAGUGAGUGCACAAAUAUUAUUUGACUCCGGCUGUAAUGGGACCAAAUCGUUCAGGAAAAUCUGUCUCCAGUUCUCGUAGAACCAGGAACCUCCAGAUACUGUCGCCUUUAUAUAAUCUAAUUGUUCUCUGCUCCCGUCACUUUUUAAACAAAUAAUGUAAUGUGAGGGAACACAGGUCAGUGCCGAGAGGCUACUGUCAUCAUCUUUGACUCAUCAGUAGCAUUGGCUUUGGUUUGUUUUGGAGCUUGCCACAGAACAGCCCAGCCGUUCAUUAGGACCACGGUGGUAGAUCGGUACAUCCGCAUGCCAUCCACGCUGAGCUGCGUGGAUCAGUCCUAAUAACAUCCAUUGGUGCCCCAGCUUACGUGUCGGAAAGGCAAGACCUCCUUCCACGGGAGAACGUGUUGGAUGCACGAGUCCCGGUGAGGAAUGGGUGUGGAAGAACGUUACUUCUGUGCCGUGAGUUACGUCAUCGGUGAUAGGAGCAGAAUUAGGCCGUUCGACCCAUCAAGUGUACUCCGCCAUUCAAUCAUGGCUGAUCUAUCUCUCCCUCCGAACCCCAUUCUCCUGCCUUCUCCCCAUAACCCCUGACGCCCGCACAGUUGGAGUGGGGAAUCGUGCUUUUGAUGCCCAAGAGAUGUCAGGUCUCAUAAUUAUAAGAUUCGCAUUCCAGUCAAAACCAGUGCAAAGAGAAGAGUAUUUAAUCAGAUCAAGUACAGGGAAGCAGUUAGUGUUUGUCUGCCCCCUUUCUCCCUUCAGGUUCAAACUGCGUCAUAGCUUAAUUCAAUUCAAUGACAUCUGCAUGUGUUAACCCCGCUCGUAGCAUUGAAAUGAAACUGGCAAAGUCUUAAAUUAACAGCAUUGCUUAAUUUGAUGAGCAGCUGGAAACAAGAGUGAUUUUUUUAAUUGGGAUUAUUCUGCAGGGCUCCCUAGACUCUUGAGUGUGUCCAUCCCAUAAUGUGCAAGGUGAUGCUGAAAAAAGUUUCAGAAGGAACUUUUUCCCAUUUCCAUAAAGUUGUGAGAACUAUAUAUAGCAAGCUCUCCAGGCAGUGGAUGAACUGGCCUGAGAUCUUUGUACAAACCUCCUCUCUUUGGGCAAAACUCUCCCCAGGUAACUCUGCCAAUGGAAGUGAUCAUUUAGAUUUGUAUAUAACCAGGCCAGUGAUAAUUUAGAGGUUUGGGCUGUGUGUUCUGUGGACCAACAAACUCUUUUCUUAAACGUCAAGAAGUCAUUGAUCUGAACAAUGGCUGUAGUGACUGGAAACUAAACUAAUGAACUGAAACAUUCCGAAGAGUUACUGGCACAAUGCUGGGUUGAACAUAUUAAAUCGUUCAACAUUUACUCUGCACCAGGUCAUCAUGUCUCUCCUGUUUUAUAAAAAAAAAUAAGACUUGGUUUACUUUGAAACAUUCUUAGAAUAUUAAGGUAGAAAGUGAUGUAUUUUUUUUCCUCCCAGUUUUAAGCAUGAAAAGAUUGUCCUUUAGUUAAUGAAUUAGUAAAUUAGAACAGACUUUACUCUUAACAAAAGACAGAGAGCGCUGAAGUAACUCAACAUAACCUGAACUAAAGGCACAGAGUACUGGAGUGACCCAGCGGGUCGGGCAGCAUCUGUGGAGAACAUGGAUAGGCGACGUUUCACAGAGUGCUGGAGUAACUCAGCGGGUCAGGCAGCAUCUGUGGAGCUAAGGAAAUAGGCAACGUUUCGGGCCGAAACCCUUAAGGGUUUCGGCCCGAAACGUUGCCUAUUUCCAGAAGGGUUUUGGCCCUAAACGUUGCCUAUUUCCUUAGCUCCAUAGAUGCUGCUGCACCAUAACUCAGUGGGUCAGGCAGCAUCUGUGGAGAACAUGGAUAGGCGACGUUUCACAGAGUGCUGGAGUAACUCAGCGGGUCAGGCAGCAUCUGUGGAGAACAUGGAUAGGUGACGUUUUAAAGAGAUAGGGACUCUUUGUCAGACCCGUUCUGAAGAAGGGCCCCGAUCCAAAACAACGCCUAUCCAUGUCCUCCAGAGAUACUGCGUAACCCGCUGAGUUACUCCGGUACUUUUUGUCUUUUUUUUUUGGUAAACCAGCAUCUGCAGUUCCUUAUGUCCAGACUUUAUUCACCUGGCCUCAAAUCUGUUUGCAGUGAUCGGGUUAUGGGAGUGCGAUCACAUAUUUUCCAUCUCUCUGGGAAAGCCAAUUCACUUUUCUUGUGAAAUUGCCAAGACCUUAUCAACUAUCUAAGCUGGUAAAAAUUCAGGUACCAAUACUAGUGGACCAAGGGCGAUUUGUAUAUAAGCACAAGGUGCAGACACUGUGUGCCAAUAUUAAUGACUCUACCUACAUUCCAUGGAAUUUGUACGUUUACUACUUAGUCUUCGCAGGCUGGCUGAUUUGAAACCCGCAAAUAUAAUCGCUGAUUCAUUAGUAGAACUUUUUUUUAAUUUUGUUGAAUUUACGCUUUUUCAAGUUCGGCUUGGCUUUGCUAAGAAUGAUAUUGAGUUUCCUUUGUACCCUGCGAGAUGUUUGCAUCUACACUUGGCUUUGGGUGCCUGGGUUCUUCAUUUAAGAGAUGCAACGCUCCACAAAGGGCGCGGUUGUGUCUUGGAUGCAUUUCCGUUUGAACGUGCUGCUGCGUUGGGCCAAAUGAACUUUGCAGGAGGGAGAUUUUACUGGAUCAUCCUCUAGGUGAGAGACCGGGACAUUUCCCUCAGCUCACGUGCCCUUGCGCCUACUUGCAAAACCCCCCUAAUCCUUGCGUCUCGCAUUUAGUCGACUCCCCCAGUGAAGGGAAAGAGUUGUCUCCUCAAGAUACUUGGAUUGAGAGAUUGCCAUUGAUACAUAAGGCCUUCUGCAUAACCCAUGGUAUGUCUCAAAGGCAGUUUUCGCUAAGUUUGGAAAGUAAGAAUGGGAGAGAAAUGUGCUAUUUACGUAAAAUAUUGCACAUCUGUGAAUCAAAUGAAACAUGUCUUGGGCGCUUCUGAAUUCUUCAUUACCAUGCUUGCAAUUUUUAGGGAAAAUAUGUAUUUUUUGGCAUGAUCCUUACAUUAAAAAUUGUCAAUAAAGUGAAAGAUGGGAACCA